GCGAACGCGAGGCGCGGUGGCUUCCAGGCCGGGUUUCUCAGGCAGGACCAGGCUGGGACGUGGGGCUCCUGGCCGGCACACUUUGUGCUUUCCGGGGAAGGGAAGUGGCGGAACCAGAGGCCCCUGUGCAGCGCGGGACUGAGCCCGCCACGCAGGCGCCCGCGCCCCCGCCGCCAUUGUUGCCCGGGGCCUCUCGGGCCGCUCCGGCUGCGGGUCCGCCGGGUCCCAGCGGCAGGGUCUCUUAACCAUCCCUGCAAAUUCUGGGCUCCAAAUUUGCAACUAAGGUGGCUAACUCUACCUUGACUCUGUUCUGCCCCUGGCUGCAGCAGCCGUUGAUAUAAUGUCUUUGUGGCUCUAGCAUGAGACUUCAAGCAGUUGGCUCUCUACUGGAGAAAUAAAGGAUAUUGCCAGAUUGACUCUCCUGUCUGUAGCCAUGUUAGCCCCAAGCAAGAGGAUGACCAAUUCUUCACGCUCCCAAAUCCUUCUGAUGUGGAAGCCAGACAAGGCUCAGUGUGGACCCCACAAUGUUGAAAAGGAAACCCUUGCUUCAAGACUCUUGCGUGACACUGAGACCUGCCGACAGAAUUUUAGGAAUUUCCCAUACCCAGACCUGGCUGGUCCUCGAAAGGCAUUGAAUCAACUCCGAGAGCUCUGCCUUAAGUGGCUGAGACCUGAGAUUCACUCAAAGGAACAAAUCCUGGAGCUGCUGGUGCUGGAACAAUUCCUGACCAUCCUGCCUGGGGAGAUUAGGACUUGGGUGAAGUCCCAAUACCCAGAGAACAGCGAAGAAGUGGUGACUCUGGUGGAGGAUUUGACUCAGAUUCUAGAAGAGGAAGCUGCUCCUCAGAACUCAGCUCUUUCCCAGGAGACCCCAGAAGACUACCCCAAAGGAAGACAUGCUUUCCAGGCAGGAUGGCUAAAUAACUUGGUGACCAAAGAAUCAAUGACAUUCAAAGACGUGGCUGUGGAUAUCACCCAGGAGGACUGGGAGCUAAUGCGUCCUGUACAGAAGGAAUUGUACAAGACUGUGACGUUACAGAACUACUGGAACAUGGUUUCUCUGGGACUUACAGUGUACAGACCAACUGUGAUUCCCAUAUUGGAAGAACCAUGGAUGGUGAUAAAGGAAAUCCUAGAAGGCCCUAGUCCAGAAUGGGAAACAAAAGCCCAAGAGUGUACUCCAGCUAAAAAUAUUUCUAAACUCACAAAGGAUGGAACCAGGACCAUCAAAUUGGAAGAACCAUAUGACUAUGAUGACAGGUUAGAGAGGCGAGCAACAGAUACUUUCAGGAAAAUUCCCACUAAUGAAAGAGAUUUCAGUUUAAAGUCAGUCCUUUCACAAGAAGAUGAUCCUACAGAAGAGUAUCUUAGUAAAUAUGAUAUAUAUAGAAAUAAUUUUGAAAAGCAUUCAAACCUAAUUAUACAGUUUGGUACCCAAUCAGAUAAUAAAACUUCUGUGUAUAACGAAGGCAGGGCAACCUUCAGUCAUGUCUCAUAUGGUAUUGUACAUAGGAAAAUACUUCCUGGAGAGAAGCCUUAUAAAUGUAAUGUGUGUGGGAAAAAGUUUAGGAAAUACCCAUCCCUCCUGAAACACCAAAGUAGCCAUGCCAAAGAGAAAUCUUAUGAAUGUGAAGAAUGUGGGAAAGAGUUUAGGCACAUCUCAUCCCUUAUUGCACAUCAGAGAAUGCAUACUGGAGAAAAACCAUAUGAAUGCCACCAGUGUGGUAAAGCCUUCAGCCAGCGCGCACAUCUUACUAUCCAUCAGAGAAUUCAUACGGGAGAGAAACCCUAUAAGUGUGACGACUGCGGGAAAGACUUUAGUCAGCGUGCACACCUUACCAUACAUCAAAGGACACAUACUGGAGAGAAACCAUAUAAAUGCUUGGAAUGCGGUAAAACCUUCAGCCACAGUUCAUCACUGAUUAAUCAUCAGAGAGUUCAUACUGGAGAAAAACCUUAUAUAUGCAACGAAUGUGGGAAAACUUUCAGUCAGAGUACACACCUUCUUCAACAUCAAAAAAUACAUACUGGAAAGAAACCAUAUAAAUGCAAUGAGUGUUGGAAAGUGUUUAGUCAGAGUACUUACCUUAUUCGACAUCAGAGAAUCCAUUCUGGAGAGAAGUGUUAUAAAUGUAAUGAAUGUGGAAAAGCCUUUGCUCAUUCCUCAACUCUUAUUCAACAUCAAACUACUCACACUGGAGAGAAAUCCUAUAUAUGUAACAUAUGUGGGAAAGCCUUCAGCCAGAGUGCAAAUCUUACUCAACAUCAUAGAACACAUACUGGAGAGAAACCAUAUAAAUGCAGUGUGUGUGGGAAAGCAUUCAGCCAGAGUGUACACCUUACUCAACAUCAGAGGAUUCAUAAUGGAGAAAAACCCUUCAAAUGCAACAUAUGUGGGAAAGCAUAUAGACAGGGUGCAAAUCUUACUCAGCAUCAAAGGAUUCAUACCGGAGAGAAACCCUAUAAAUGUAAUGAAUGCGGGAAAGCUUUUAUUUAUUCCUCAUCACUUAAUCAACAUCAGAGAACUCAUACUGGAGAAAGACCCUAUAAAUGUAAUGAAUGUGAUAAAGAUUUUAGCCAGAGAACAUGCCUUAUUCAACACCAGAGAAUUCACACAGGAGAGAAGCCCUACGCAUGCCGUAUAUGUGGUAAAACCUUCACCCAGAGUACAAACCUCAUUCAGCAUCAGCGUGUUCAUACAGGUGCCAAACAUCGUAACUAACAUGUGGGAGACUUCAUUUAGGUUUUACAACUUAAUCAUUUAAAUUUUAUUUUAUAUGCUUUGUGUUAAAACAUUAUUCAAAAGAAACCCAAAAGAAGUGCAAUAUAUGUUAGAUAUCACACAGCAGAAGUAUCAGAAUUAGUAACAUGGAUAUAACCUAUUUAAAUUUAAUGUGAAAUUUAAAAAGAAAACUUCAUUCACUUCUCAACCUUUAUUUGAUGUCAGUUUAAUUCAUUCCAGAAAGAAACCCUAUGAAAGUAAGAGUACUCAAAAACCUAUAACUCAGCAACUUUUACUGUAUUUAUUUCAAGUACUUCUUAAUGAGGCCUUAUGAGUGAAACUUGGGAAAGCUUCGAUCAAGUAGCGAUUUCACACUAGAGAGUAAUCCUGGGAUGACAGGAAAGAAAAGGCUGCUUUCAGGCUCAGAUAUCAUCCCAGCUGUGAAGCCUUAAAUACGUAAAGGGUCCCCUCCCCCUUUUUACUUCCCUGUUCCCAUUAUGUCAUAACUGCCAAUGUGGAACCAGUAGGUUUGCCAGAAAUGUUGAAAGUAUCUUAAAUACUUCUGUGUGACCACUGUUUAAUUACCUUUUCCUUUAAAUACUGAAAUAUUAAGGGAAGAGAAGCUUAGUGAAAGAUCUGGUAGGAAAGAGAAACUAAUGUGUAUAUAACUCUUAGACGUGUACAAAUUUAGUUAAAUGCAGAAAUUAAACACUCAAGCUUAAUUUAAUCUUUAAAACAUAUUAACCUUAGUUUCACUAGGUUUUGACAUGUGUGUCAUCCUGAAGGAAAAAAUAAGAAUACAAUUCCCAUUUUUCUCACCUGACUCCUAAAUUCAUAAUUUAAGGUUCCCUUUUGACUGUUUUACUGUAGGAAGUCCAUUUCUUCCAUUGAAACACAUGUCUCUUGAGUGCCUACUGUGCUCAGGCCCACAUUUUCUAAUUGGAUCCUUUCAGGGCUUCUUAUAGUGCUGCAAGUCACAGCCAAUGUAAGCAACAGAAAGCUUUCUCAAGUAAAGAAAGAUAAAGAACAUGGUCUUAAUUACUGUGUCAUGGAAUGAGCCUAAGAAACCUGCUAAAAUGGGUUGCCAGAUGGGACCCUGUGCCCCAAGACAAGGAAUUAAUGAAAGCAGCUACCUAAAUAGUGUGAGAAUAAGUAAAUAAUGGAAAAUAGCUUUGAGUUCACUGCAGAAAGUAGGUCAGGGAAAAAAUCAAGGUGAAGACUUGAAAGAAUAUACAUAGGUAACUGUUAUAACAUGACGUUAUUGGACUUGGUUUACCUAAGAAAAUAAGAGUGACUAAUUGAAUAAAACAAAAUUCAGCCUGUUGUUUAUAUGAAGAAACUAAAAAUGAAAUGACUGAUUUUAAAGGAAUAAUUAGAAUUGGUACUUCUUCAUACUUUUAAGUAAAAUGGGAUUACUCUUAAAAUAGGAAAAAUUUUCAGUGGAAAAAGCAUUGAUGCAGAAACUAUCAUUGAUGCAGAUAAUAAACUGAGUUUGUGGGGUCCUAAACAGCAUAAAAGGAAAACUAGCAGAAAUACAAAUAGAAAUAGGUAAAAAUACUACAGCAAUCCCCCCUUAUCCGUGGUUUUGCUUUCUACAGUUUUAGUUGCCUACAGUCAGCCACAGUCCAAAAUUAUUAAAUGGAAAAUUCCAGAAAUAAACAAUUCAUAAGUUUUAAAUUGCACGCUGCCUGAGUAGUGUGAUGAAAUCUUGUUGCCGUCCCCCUCCAUCCCACCUGGGACGUGAAUCAUCCCAUUUGGUGGAUCCCCAACCAUCGAUGACAUCAUGGCUCAAUGAUCGUUCUGACGCAUCACAAGGUCAGCAGUAGCCUAACACUGUCACAAUGCCUCCGUCAUUCACCUCACUUCAUCUCUUCAGAUAAGCAUUGUGUCGUCUCACAUCAUUACAAGAAGGGUGAGUACAAUACAAUCAAAUAUGUAGAGAAAGACCACAUUCACAUAACUUUUAUUAUAGUAUAUUUUAAUUGUUCUAUUUUAUUAUUGUUAAUCUCACUGUGCCUAAAUUGUAACCUUUAUCAUAGGCACAUAUAUAUAGGAAAAAAACAAUAGUACAUAUAGCUUUCAGUACUAUCUGCAAUUUCAGGCAUCCACUGGGGGUCUUGGAACGUAACCCCUGUGAAUAAGGGGGGACUGCUGUACUGUAUUUAAUAUCCACAGCAUUCCACUAUCAGAAUAUAAGACCAUAUUCUGAGAGCUGAGAUUCUAUCUUGCUCUUGUUUCUUCAGUGCCUUGCAUAUGGUGGUCACUAUAUGUUGGUUGAAUUAAUGAAUAAAUAAGUAGGUAAAUUAGAGUUAAGUAAUAAGGUAAAAUUAACAUAUGGAGUGAAAUUGGUAGAAUUUAAAAUUCUUUUGUGCAUACAUACAAAAAAAUAUAAAUAUUGGUGAUUUACUGGGUAAUAGGAACUACUAAAAAAUGAUGAAGCAGAAUCCCCAAAUCUUAACAAUGGGGAUAUUCCUAAAGAAAUCAUGGGACAUCUUUGCACAGGAAAUUUUCCUGAGCGAGAUGAGGAAAAACUGAUAUAAAUCCUGGUGCCAUACAUAUCAGUUUGAGCACGUAUUGACCAUGCAGCUUCAUUUGGACAUUACUGUUCUUAUAAACAUCCUCCAAACCCAAACAGGUGCUGAAGGGAAGACCUGGGUGCUAGCAUCUUAAAGGCUUUCUUGUUGAGUGUUUUCUUCAAGAAGUUGCUUUCCCUUGUCCUCACAUUAGUUAACCUUGAUGUCAUGAAAUCAUCAUUCACAAAGUGCAGAUUGUCUCCAGGUUGCAUAAUACUCAAAUUAUGCAUAUGCCAUAGUUAUGAUGUUAAAAAAUAACCGUUGUAUUUAAGAUGCAGUUUUUGUAAUGCCACUUCAUAGCUUAAACACCACUUUUUUCUCCUGGCGUGAAUGUGUGGAGUAUUCAGAGUCCAUAGCGCCUUUCUUUGAAUUCAUUUGUAUUUCCUGCCUUUGUGUGUUUUAUGUAAAUAACGCAUUUAUAAAGUCUUCCACUAAUACACUGAGGCAAUUAAUGCCCUUAUAAAAUGAUAGUAUAAUAAUAAUAGUGGAGAAUCCUAGAUUUUUCUGUAUUUUUCCCCCUUUUAUAGUUGUCUGACCCACAAUUCAGGUUUUUUAGCAGAUAGUCUUAUUUUCCACAAUUUUUUAUUAUGAAAAUGUUCAAAUAUACAGAAAAGUUAAAGAAUAAUAAAACGAACUGUAUAUCCACCACCUAGAUUAAAAUUAACAUUUUGCCAUAUGUUUUACUGAACAAUUAGAAAGUAACUUACAGACAUGACAUUUUACCCCUAAAAACUUACGUAUGCAUCUCAUAAAAAUAAAGACACUCUUUUAUGUAGCCACACUACCAUUACAUACCUCAAAAAUGAACAGUAAUUCCCUGAUAUCUAAUGCUUAUUAGUCCAUGUUAAGUUUUCCCUGUUGAUCCAGUCAAGUUUCACAUAUUACAUUUGAUUAUGUCUGUCUCUUCUAUCUAGAACAGUCUCCCACCUUUGAAUUUUUUGCAGGACUUUUUUUUUUAAUAGAGCAGGUCAGUGGUAGAAUGUCUCACAUUCAGGAUUUAUCUGGUUGUUUACAUGUGGUCUGUUUAUCUUGUUCCUGUAUCCCCUGUAGUUUCUAUAAAUUAGCAGUUAGAGCCAAACACUUGAUGGAUUCAGGUUAAACAUUUUUAACAGUUCACAGAUGUAUUUCAUAUUGUAUCACAUCAAAAGUCUCAAUAUAUGGUUGACUCACUAUCAGCGAUGCAAAAUUUGAUCACUCGAUUGAAGUGGUAACCACCAUAUCUUCUUAACGUAAAGGUAUGUUUUCCUGUUGCAAUUAAAUAAUCUGUGGACUGACACUUCAGGAGCAUAUGGAUGGCCUAUUUACCAACAACCUUUCACCUGGUGAUUUUGGUAUUCAAUGAUGAUGAUCCUUGCCUGAAUCAAUUAUUUCAUCAAGAUUUGCAAAAUGGCGAUUUUCUAGUUCUGUUACUCUUUCUACAUUUACUGACGGGCAUUCUGUAAGGAAGAGCUUUCCUUCAUCAACUGGGAAUGCACUAGAGGCAGGGUUGUGCUCAAUUCUUUUCCCUUAAUUACCAGUUUUCAGAGUAAGGAGUUGGUAGUGAUGACAGAUGAUUCAAUGUGUUACAAUCAAUUAUGAUCAUUGUUUCUGAUGCUCAGAUUAUCCCAGAUUUGGCCAGACGGAACCCUUGAAGUAGCUCUUAACGUCUUUUGACAUUCCCUCUCUAGUCUUUGGGCACUUAAAUUGCCUUCCAACACAGGAUAUCUCAGGUUCACCUUGCACUUUCAAUGCUCCACAUAUGGAAUGAGCCAUUUCUCCAGGAAUCCCUGGCUCUUUUUAAUAGGCAACUAUUUAGAAACCAAGAUCUGGGCACUAGGCAUGCUCAUUGCUACUGGGGUAUCAUUAGCAAGUAGCCUUUGACUCUUUUUACAACCAUUCAAUUUAGUCUCCAUAAAGACAACUCUUUGCACCAAUUUCAUCAGUUACAUAAUAUCUAAUUUUGUAAUGGGAACUAUAAUUACAUACUGGGACAGACUAAUUUAGGAGCAAACAACUAAGUCUUGUUAAGCCUACAACUAAACUGAAGAGAACAGAAGUGUUACGUAUACUAGAAAGCAGCAAACUUAACCACAAGAGGUCUUGUGCCAAGGCUAUCAGCAGAUUUUACAGAGGAAGGGAGCUUCUCAGUUAAUCUGGCAAUUGGGUUAAGUAGAGAGCAGUUAAGAGAGCAACUAAAUGCAUGAUACAUACUAUAUUGUGUUUUAACUAUUACAUAUCUUGAUAAUUUACUGUAUAAGCUAAUCACACACCUUUCCCAUCACAUUCCUUAAGGCAAAUUUCUGAUCUAAAUUUGAACUGAGGGUCUGUUUCAUGCAAAUCUAAGUGCUAGUUUUUCUUGCUAAACUUUUAUUUGGUGCUUAAAACAUUAAGGCUAUUAGAUUUCAUUCUUUGACUAUCUUUUGCUAUCAAUUUACUUGCAUGUGCCUGUAAAUGUAAUUAGGCCUCUAUUUCUGUUAUUCUCCUCAGGACUCUAUAUUUCACUAUAAUUAUUAGACCCUUAGAAACUGUAGCCAUUAAAAAUGGCAAGCAUGUGCACUACAGUGAUAUGUAUAAAUAUGUGUGUAGCUUGUAAGCAACAUUGAGUCCUCUGGAUGGAUGGGGAAAGUGAUGCCCCUGAUGCUGAAGUGUCUUGCCUGAGGUCAUAUAGUCAUACAGUGACAGAAUAAGAAUUGGAACCCAUGGCUCCAGCACUUAGUUGAGUUCUUCCUGUAAAAUAAUGUUAAAUGAAAAUUCAGAGCACAAAAAGUAUGUACCUACAAUUUUAUAAAAUAAUGUAUUUUGAUGAGAUUAGAGCAUUGAAAGUUUUUUAUUUGUUUUGUCUUCCCUCCCAUAGAGUUCCUUAAAUUCAAAUCUUUAAAUGAGAAUAGCCCAACAAAGGAUGCACUCCCCGACUCCACUCCAAUUUUGGUCUCCCACCCAGAUCUUUCUCAAGUCAGAACCACAUAGUCAUUGAUCACCUGGAACUAUCUCAAAAGUGCCUUAAGUGGUUUAAUUUAAAACUGAAUUGUUUUCACCCCAAAACCUCUUUUUUAAUUCACUGUAACUUUGACAGGGAAGCUAGAAGCCACUCUCUUCUUCACCAGUAGUUGUUUUAGUCCUAUUGGUUUUACCUUCUAUAUAUUCCAGUUCAUUCUCUCUUCUCUAUCCCCACUGCCACUACCUCUUUUCCAGCUUUUAAUCAGCUCUCAUUUAGAUUAUUUCAGACCCAGGUAAGUGUUCACCCUGCCCCUGACCUCACCCCUUUCAAUGUAUCUUCUGCACUAUUGGCCAAAGUCAUCUGAAAACAUCUCACUAGGACCACCACGUACAGCUGUACAGCUUGAGUAGUGAAUAACCAUACAAGGUGGCCCUGCAUUUGACCAUGUCACAGUUUGCUUUGGUAUCUUCUCAUUGUCAACAGCAAAUGGAUCUCACUCUUAGCCACACACAGAAUGACCUGGGGAGCUUUUAGAAUUACCAAUGCCAGGGCCCCACUUCCAGGAAUACUGGUUUAUUUCAUUUGGGAUGGGGCCUGGUUAUCAGUAUUUCUUCAACUCCCUGGGUGGUUCUGAUGUUCUAAAGUGGAGCAAGGGCAGAAGCAGGGAGACCAGUUAGGAAGCUAUCACAGUAAUUCAGAUGAGAAAUAGUGGUGGUCACAGGAGAGGUAGUGAGAAGUGACUCAACCCUGGAUAUAUUUUGAAGGUAGAGUCUAUAGAACUUCCUUAUGAAUUGGAUUGGGAAGUGAGACAGAGGAAUCAAGGAUGACUGUCUCAGGGCUGGCCCAGUGGCAUAGUGGUUAAGUUCACGCACUCUGCUUCGGCAGCCCGGGGUUUGUGGGUUCAGAUCCCAGGCACGGACCUACACAUUGCUCAUCAAGCCAUGCUGUGGUGGCGUCCCACAUACAAAAUAGAGGAGGAUUGGCACAGAUGUUAGCUCAGGGCCAAUCUUCCUC